AUGGUGUCUUUUACCAGUAUCUUGCUACCGCUUCUUCUGUUGGCCACCCUUCAUUCUACACCCACGCUCUGCUACGUCAAUCCGGCCUCUCCAGUGGUACAGAAAGAUGACACGAAAACCUCGGCUGGCCGCACUUACAUUGUGCUCGUCGAGCCACCGCGCUUGGCCGACCAGUACGCGCACCGCCGAUGGCACGAGUCUUUCUUGCCGAGCCCGUGCGCCGACGUCUCCGGCAAGCCAUGUCUCCUCCACUCUUACACCGAAGCGUUCAGCGGGUUCGCCGCGAGGCUCACCGACGUUGAGCUCGACGCGGUGGCCAAGAAGCCAGGGUUCGUGCGCGCGUUCCCAGACCGAAUGUUGCAGCCCAUGACCACGCACACGCCUGAGUUCCUCGGGCUGAGGACCGGCACCGGGUUCUGGACCGAUGCUGGCUACGGGAAGGGGGUCAUUGUCGGGCUACUCGACACCGGCAUCUACGCAAAGCACCCUUCCUUCGACGACCAUGGCGUCCCGCCACCCCCCGCGAGGUGGAAAGGCUCGUGCAAGGCGGAACGGUGCAACAACAAGCUCAUCGGUGCCAUGUCAUUUACCGGAGACGACAACUCCGAUGACGACGAAGGUCAUGGGACGCACACCUCGUCCACGGCCGCCGGGAACUUCGUAGCCGGCGCAUCGAGCCAUGCUGUUAGUGCGGGCACAGCGGCCGGAAUUGCUCCCGGUGCCCACAUCGCCAUGUACAAGGUGUGCAAUUCUCUUGGCUGUACCGAAUCCGCCGUACUAGCCGGGCUGGACAAGGCCGUCAAGGAUGGGGUGGACGUGCUCUCGAUGUCCCUCGGCGGUGGAAGCAGUUUCAGGUUCGAUCAAGACCCGAUCGCCAUGGCCACGUUUAGAGCAGCAUCCAAGGGCGUCAUCGUGGUGUGCUCAGCGGGCAACAAUGGCCCCACCCCGGGCUCGGUCACCAACGACGCGCCGUGGUUGCUCACGGUCGCCGCGGGCUCGGUUGACCGGAGCUUUGAUGCCGCCGUUCAUCUAGGGAACGGCAAGAUCAUCGAGGGACAAGCACUUAACCAGGUGGUGAAGCCGAGCUCAGAGCUGUACCCGCUACUCUACUCCGAAGAACGGCGUCAAUGCUCUUACGCGGGUGAAAGUUCCGUUGUCGGAAAGAUGGUGGUCUGUGAGUUCGUGCUGGGUCAGGAGUCUGAAAUCCGUGGCAUAAUCGGUGCUGGCGCUGCCGGCGUGGUCCUAUUCAACAACGAAGCCAUCGACUACGCCACCGUUCUUGCCGACUACAACUCAACCGUGGUGCAGGUGACCGCGGCCGACGGCGCCGUCCUCACAAAUUAUGCGAGAUCCACGAGCAGCUCUAAGGCUGCUCUCAGUUACAAUAACACAGUGCUAGGCAUCCGGCCAGCCCCCAUUGUGGCGUCGUUUUCUUCCAGAGGCCCAAGCCGUUCCGGCCCCGGAGUGCUCAAGCCGGACAUAUUGGCACCGGGGCUGAACAUCCUCGCCGCAUGGCCGCCAAGGACGGACGGCGGGUAUGGGCCUUUCAACGUCUUAUCCGGCACAUCCAUGUCGACGCCCCAUGUCAGUGGCGUUGCGGCGCUCAUCAAGAGCGUGCAUCCGGGGUGGUCGCCGGCUGCCAUCAAGUCCGCCAUCGUGACGACGGCAGAUGCUGUGAACAGCACCGGUGGCUCCAUCCUGGACGAGCAGCACAGGAAAGCCAACGUGUUCGCAGCAGGAGCCGGCCACGUGAACCCUGCGAGAGCUGCAGACCCCGGCCUGGUGUACGACAUCCAUGCCGAUGAGUACGUCGGCUACCUCUGCUGGCUCAUCGGCAAUGCCGGCCCGGCAACCAUCGUGGGCAACUCCAGGUUGCCCUGCAAAACGUCGCCCAAAGUUAGUGACUUGCAACUCAACUACCCGACGAUAACCGUGCCGGUGGCAUCAUCACCGUUCACCGUGAACCGGACGGUGACGAAUGUCGGGCCAGCGCGCUCAACGUACACGGUGAAGGUAGAUGCUCCCAAGUCACUGGCGGUGCGUGUCUUUCCCGAGACACUGGUGUUCUCCAAGGCUGGAGAGAAGAAGACCUUCAGUGUAUCAGUUGGCGCCCACGGCGUGCAAGCAGACGAACUUUUCUUGGAGGCGAGCUUGAGCUGGGUGUCAGGGAAGCACGUCGUCCGGAGCCCAAUCGUCGCCGAAUCAAGAGUGACAACCAGACCUCGCUUCCAUCUCUUCCCCCACCCUACUGAUGAACCACAGGCCUCGCGGAUCGUGAUCGAGCAGAACGCGACGCUGUCGUGUUGUGGAUGGAGCGGUACACGGCGACGCUCCAGGAGCUCCACAUCGGCAUCGCCCAAGCUGUACGGCCUGGUGCGGGGGCUCCGGGAGACGCGGCACGGCCAUGUGCUCCCGGGCUCGGACCCGACGCUGCCCGCUAGCAGGAGCGCAGUGUUCACCGCCGUGAUUUUUUUAUUUCCUCUAAAAUCGAGGGCAAUGGCCGUCAGUGAUGGGGCAGACAUCAGUGGCAUCAGUAGCGGGCUUCAUGCCCGCCUAUCUCAUCACCUGCAGUAG